UGGGGAUGUGAGAAGGGAAGGAGGGGUUGAGGGGGAUGAGGGAUGGGGGGGCACAUUAGCUUCUUGGACAAGUACCUUCUGCCCCACUGUCAAAGUAGUUGAGAAUUUGUUCGUCCAAAGCACCGGCAGACAUGGACAUGGCAGACUACAGCGAGGCUCUGGACCCGGCUUACACCACGCUGGAGUUCGAAAACAUGCAAAUGCUCCCCUUAGGUACAGACUCCUCACCGACCGAGAGCACCAACAUGAAUGCUACCGGCCACCUCGGGGCUGGCAGCCUGUGUGCCAUAUGUGGAGACAGAGCCACUGGCAAACACUACGGGGCCUCCAGCUGUGACGGCUGCAAGGGCUUCUUCAGACGCAGCGUUCGCAAAAACCACAUGUACUCGUGCAGGUUCAACAGACAAUGCAUCGUAGACAAAGACAAGCGAAAUCAAUGCAGAUACUGCAGACUGAAGAAAUGCUUCAGAGCAGGCAUGAAGAAAGAAGCUGUGCAGAACGAAAGAGACAGAAUCAGCACCAGGAGAUCCAGCUACGAAGACAGCAGUUUACCCUCCAUCAACGCGCUCAUCCAGGCCGACGUGCUGUCGAGACAGAUCACCUCGCCUGCUCCCAUACUGAACGGCGACAUCAGGGCCAAAAAGAUCGCCGCCAUCACGGACGUGUGCGAGUCCAUGAAGCAACAGCUGUUGGUCCUGGUGGAGUGGGCCAAGUACAUCCCGGCUUUCUGUGACCUGCCCCUGGAUGACCAGGUGGCGUUGCUGCGGGCUCAUGCUGGAGAGCACCUUUUGCUUGGCGUUGCAAAGAGGUCAAUGCUUUACAAAGACAUCCUCCUAUUGGGAAAUGACCACAUCAUUCCCAGAAACUGCCCGGAGUUGGAGGUCGGCAGGGUGGCCGUGAGGAUCCUGGAUGAACUGGUUCUUCCCUUCCAGGAGCUUCAGAUAGACGACAAUGAAUACGCCUGCUUGAAGGCCAUCGUUUUCUUUGACCCAGACGCCAAAGGUCUGAGUGACCCGGGGAAAAUCAAGCGGAUGCGAUACCAGGUCCAGGUCAGCUUGGAAGACUACAUCAACGACAGGCAGUACGACUCCCGGGGCCGCUUCGGGGAGCUGCUCCUGCUGCUGCCGACGCUACAGAGCAUCACCUGGCAGAUGAUCGAACAGAUCCAGUUUGUCAAACUCUUUGGCAUGGCAAAGAUUGACAACCUGCUGCAAGAAAUGCUUCUUGGAGGUUCUGCCAAUGAGGCUCCACAUGCACCUCACUCUCUGCACCCUCACCUGGUUCAAGAGCACCUCAGCAGCAAUGUUAUAGUGACCAGCAACAUCCCGACGCCGAUCCAUAACGGUCAAAUCUCCACUCCUGAAACCCCGAUCCCAUCUCCACCCACUGCCUCCAGCUCAGAACACUAUAAACUGGCUCAGGGGGUCAUAGCCACGGUGCCUAAGCAGCCAACCUCCAUCCCUCAGCCUACUAUUACAAAGCAGGAGGCUGUUUAACAAUCCCCUGGAACCUUAUUCCUUCUUUUUAUUGUGUUAAUCCAGGGUCCAUAUGUGUAUUUACACACACAAUCCGCAUUAAAGCUGUUAACUUGACUGAAACAAUGAAGUUAUGAGAUGAUUACAAUUUGUCCUCUGCGGAUUGCUGUUAAUCUUCAGGGAUAUUUUUUCACACAUGCAGCAGCCAGGCAGACACAAUUAUUAAUGUCCAAACUAUCCAGACAUACUGUUCUGUGAAGCCAACACGCAGAAAGACGUACAUUGUUGUAUAUAUGUAUUUUUUUUUAUUGGGUAACAUCACUUAUUUUCCAAUGUCCUCAGUGUGUGCAGGAAGGCUCAUUUUUGACAUGGCGGUGCGGUCAUGUCAGUAUUUCAUGAAUGUUACAACAGGCCUUACAUUGUAAUGUAUUUAGUGUUGCACAGUAUUUUAUGUUAUGUUUCUAGGGAAAAAAAAUUAAACAACUUCCAGUGAGGAAGUGUGUAUGAAAGCUAACAGACAUCCCUUCAGAGUUCAGCUUUUAAACAUUUGGUGAAAAGACUAGAUUGUAUGUUGUAGAACACAUUGGAAAAUACAUAUUACAGAAGUUAAAUUGAACAUGUUAAAAUUUACACCAAACCCUUGUUGUGCUACUUUAUAAAAGUCACAAGCACACUGAGGAAGUUUCCCAAUAAUAUGUUGUAUUUCUUUUUUUUAAUAUAUAUAUUAUAUUAUAUUUUUUGUUUAGUACUUUGUCAAGUUUUAACUAAUGGAAUAGAUUGUCUUAAAAAGUGUGCCUUGUAACCUGUACAGCCUUACAAAAAAGGCAACAUUUUGCCUCACAAUGUGAAGAUGAAUGAAUAAAUUUCAAGAUCUA